AUGCACGGUAUCGCAGCCCUGCCCACCGUUGCGUCCCUUGCGGCCUCCGUGCACGCGACCGCCAACGCUCCCGCGUGCAAAGCAUUCCCUGGCUCAGCAGACUGGCCGUCUGUAGCGUCAUGGAACAAGCUCAACGAGACCCUUGGGGGCAGGCUGCUCGCUCCUGUUCCGCCAGCCGCUGUGUGCCACCCGGCGCAGGCAACGUACAAUGCCGAUGCCUGCGCGGCGCUUACACAGCAGUGGACGUCGUUUGACUUUCACACGCGAGACCCCGUGUCGAUAAUGUGGGAGCAAUUUUCCAACAAUACGUGUUUGCCGGAUCCUAAAUACCCGUGCUCACCAUCCGGCUACCCGCCGUAUGUGGUCAAUGCGACGACGCCAGAGCAUGUUCAGGCUGGCGUGAACUUUGCCCGUGAGCACAACGUGCGCCUGGUCGUCAAAGGUACCGGCCACGAUGAUAAUGGCAGGUCAAUUGCGCCAUUCGCGUUGUCAAUCUGGACGCACUACAUGCGGGACAUUGCUCAUCGUCGGGGCGAGUUCACGCUGGCAGGGUCGAAGAAGCGGAUCAAGGGAAAUGCCGUCACCGUGGGAGCAGGAACGCAGAUGUAUGAUGUCUACACGGCGACAGCGAAGAAUGGCGAGACGAUCGUGGGCGGUGGUGGCAAGUCGGUCGGUGUGGGUGGCUAUAUCACAGGCGGUGGACACUCCAUUCUUGCGGCGCGGUACGGGCUUGGUGCGGAUAAUGUCCUGGAAAUGGACAUGGUCACGCCAGGUGGCGAGCUCCUGACCAUCAACGAGGACCAGAACCGUGAUCUCUUCUGGGCCAUGCGUGGUGGCGGCGGCUCGACAUUCGGCGUCAUCACGUCGAUGACGCUCAAGACGCAUCCUUCACCGAAGAUUGCCUUUGCCAACUGGUACGCCGUGACACCUGCCGAAUCAUCCGUCGGCUUUGAUGUCAUUGCCUACGUCCUGUCCCAGUUCCCCUCGCUCAUGGACAAGGGCGUCUCCGGCUAUUUCUACGUUGCCAGGGACACGCCUAACCCCAUCCCCUCACCUGACAUGCCGGCGACCAUCACAGGCGUGCUCGGUGGCUUCAUGCUGCAGGAUGUCACAGAUGGUGAGAAGCUGCAAGAGCUCCUCACGCCACUCAACGAGACCAUCAAGGCGCGCUGGAACGGCACUGCGCAGAUCCUUCAACAGACGGUCCUGUACGACUCAUUCCUCGACUGGUUUAACGUCAACUAUGACCAGGGGCUGGCUGGCGCCAAUCUGUACAGGGGCUCUAGGCUGGUCGACAAGAAAGCGUUAACGGGCGACCUAAAGGCAUUGGCAGAAGCGUACAAGGCAGCCACGGAAGCAGGAGGCGCCAUCACGGCAUAUUUGGUCGCGGGCCAGGGUGUUCGCAAUGCGAAGCCACAGGGCGGCUCCAAUGCCGUGAACCCGGCGUGGAGGAACGCAUACAUCCAGUCUCUUACGGGAGUGGCAUACGCGCCAUUCAACAAGACUGCCGAGGACGAAGUCAUUGAGUCGUUGGGCCGGUCGCUUGAGCCACUGAAGAAGCUGACACCCAACAGCGGAGCCUACAUCAACGAGGGAUUCUUAUUCGAAAAGGAAUGGCAAAAGACAUUCUGGGGCGACAACUACGAGAGGUUGCUGAAGAUCAAGAAGAAGGUUGAUCCCAAGAAUGUACUUGUGUGCUUUCCGUGCGUGGGGAGCGAGGGCUGGAAGCAAAACGAGGACGGGCGACUUUGCAGGGAAUAA